AUGAGUUCUCUAGUAUCAAAUAACAUUGCUAAAAUAUUAUUUUAAAGAAGUCACUCAUUUGAAUAAAAUUAACAACAGCCUGAAAUCUAAUAAAAGGAAAACACCAUAAGUAGCCUUUAAAAACAUGUUGAUCAACCAAUAUAAAAAAUUAUGGAAAGGUAAUCGAGUAAGAUGUUGUAAAAAAAAUCAAGCUUUUAGCCUACUGAUUGA